AUGACGGACCAAAACUCCGACCCAGAAAACAGAAAAAAAGUGCUUCUUCACCGCCAGAAUCCAAAGUUUAGCGGUAUAAACGGACUUCUAGUCAAAUUCCGGAGGUUUAAUCAGCUUGUACUGGACAUUUUGACAGCUGCCACAGGUGCGACGAACAGGUUGUCCUCUUUCCGUCCACCCGAGUGUUCCUUCCGCGUGCAUCCCUCAGCGGAAAGGUCGCGAGCCCUGCAGAGGAUGCUGCGCGCGAGGGGAAGAGGAGCACCUCGAUUUGCCCUUCAGCAAGAGCGCGAGGCAGGGUGGAAGCUGCUGCUGGACCACAGAGGAUUAGCCCUCCUAUAG